AUGGGGUCUCAACCACGUUUACAUCGACUUUCUCCAAAUCCCGUGAAACUUUCAGCUUUUGUAGACCAUAUUGAGGUAUGAAAAUCCCGCGUAUCAGUUUGUGAAAUUUCUUUAAUAAGUACAUACAUAUGGACCAUGAUAUUUGUUGGGCUGUAUAGGUAAAAUAGCAAAAACCUGAUUUUUUCGAAAAUCAUGUUGUUAGAGGAUCUUUCCAACUGAAAACAUAAAGUGCCAACUAUCUUAUAUAUUCUGAAAGCUGAUGACUUAAGCUACAUUUUGACUAUAAAAUGUUGAAGUCUUUCUAAACUUUUUAUCAUAUUGUGCUUUCAUGCACCCUAUUCACUGGCUAUGUUUUAGUACAUAUCUUUGUAACGAAAAAACUUAAAGAAAAAAUUCAUUCCCAAAUAUGGCCAUAUAUAGGGUUUUGUAGAGAAUUAAAUUUUCUACAAGAUGCACUAUAUAAGAGCUCUCGCUUUUUUUAUCUGAAAAAAUGCAAAGUCAAAAACUAUAAAAAAUCUGUUUUUCGCACUAAUAAAUGCGAAAAUAUGCUAGUUUUAGUGGUGAAUAUAAGUAUUUUUCAGGGUGAAAGUUCUUCUAACAUGAUUCAUUCCAACGUUCAUAUAAUAUCUUGUAAAUCUAUCUUCAUAUGAUGUAAUAUUUAUAUUGUAAUCCAAUAGAACACCGAACAACUAUGAAAAUAUUCUUUAACUUAUUAAUAAAGAAAUAUUCAUAUGUAGGUGUAUCAUAGUAUGUGAUUAUAGUUUCCAGUUUUUCUUCAGUUAAACAAUUGCUUUGCAUGUAUUCUAGUCUCAUUGAAGGCGUUUCAUGUUAUAUGACGUUCAAGAAGUGCUAGGUAUGAAAGACAGAUGUCCUAGAAUGGGUAUUUUCACGCAGGUCUGCCCACUUUUUACAGAGCAUUCUGCCGGCAAGAUUUCACUCUGCUAAUUUUGUAGCCCUCAUCGAGU